GAGCUCCUGCGGUCACGUGACUUUUGGUUGGGAGCCACCAUUUUGGCAGUCAACAUGACCACCGGUGCCAGUGUUUUCUUACCGAGCGAGUAUACUUCUCAUUUUAAUUCAAGUGAAAUUCGGCUUUAUAGUACAAAAUUAGAGAGAUUAAAUAUAAGCGACCCAUAUAAUUCACCCGGUGUGCUUUUCAAGAGCAUAACCUCCUGCUCUGAAGACGAUGUACCCGACUUGCGCUACGCAGACAUCCACAGCUAUCUUGUAAGCUUUCCAUCAGUGUACUCAGGAGACUCCCUCAGAGCGUACAAAAGCUUGGAGGCUUACAAAUGGUGUCAGUCCGGCUUCGUAAACAACAUUCAACUGUGGAGUCUUACAUCCAAAAACUUCGGCAUCAUCACUGCAAGGGUUAAUCACUCCCAAAGGCUUAAUGAAAGUCAACUAAAGCCAUGGGUGGUGGUGAGGAACGACGGUGUUGUGCUGGGAGCCCACUGCAACUGCACAGCGGGACUCGGGGAGAGCUGCUCUCAUGUGUCAGCUGUUCUCUUCAGUCUGUGGGGAAAAAACAACGCAAGGCACGAGGAGAUCAGCUGCACAUCCAAAAAAUGCAAGUGGGCCUCUCCCAGUGAGGAUGCUGCGAAGAAUGUGGAGUACCUGCAGGGCAAGGACAUCAUAUUCAACCAUACUCAACAAAAUAAAAAGGGGAAUUCCACCAAGGGUACCUCUGCGCCCCCAUCUUUCCCACCCCUGACUGCUGCUGAGCAAACACAGUUCUACCAAAAUCUCUCACAGUGCCGGACUCAAGAUGGGAAGUCCUGCAGACCUGCAGUCCUGUCAGUUGUUCGCGGGUACGCCACAUCCUAUGUACCCAAGGCUGUCAAGCUAGAUUUACCUGAACCCCUUACCAGUCUGUAUGACAAGAAGGCAAGAGACCUGAACCUGGCUGAAUUACAAGAGCGUGCAGAAGGAAUAUUUGAGGACUUGACUGUCACUGAAGAACAGGUACAUAACAUAUUCUGUUUACUAAUGACUGAAAUCUAAGAUCUACCAUGUUAUGUGCACGUGUACUGUGUGUGCGCUAUCUUGCAAUGUAAAUGAGAAACUGUUUGGAUUGCCAUGUUUUCAGAGUGAUAUUGUAGAGGAGGAGACCCAAGCACAGUCCAAGUCCAGAAUUUGGUUUGAUCAAAGGAGUGGUAGGGUGACAGGAUCUACCUUCAGAGCAGCAACAAGAACAGACCUCAGAAAGCCAGCCGUGUCUCUCAUAAGACAGAUAUGUGACCCAAAGUCCCAUGUUUUCAGCAGUGAGGCUACCAGGUAUUCAUGGGCAGAGAAUUCCAGCCAAUGUCAACAUGCAGUUGAACAUCCUAACAUACUCCAAAUAGCAUCCCAAAAGUUUCUGCCUUGUUGUAAGGUGUCAGCUGAUGUUCAUCAUCCCAAAAGUAAUGGGCAUAUGCAUUUGAUUACUUAUUGUAUGAAACAUUGUGACAUGUGCAUCAGCAGACACCUUACAAUACAGCUGUAUCAUGUGGGAUGAUAUAUGCCACAUCUUCAGGAAGGUACUGACAAGUCAAGGGUAGUGUGUGUGAGCAUUACAACUGCAUGUUGAAAUCAGCUGGAAUUUCCCUGUAAACUAAAAUAGGGUGUGCAGUGUGUAAUCUCUUCUAUGUAUGUGUUAACUUACUUACGUACAACAUAUGGUGUACAAGAAAAUUAGUGUGAGGUGAAUGAACAGAGAGGGUAAAUGCAGUAAGUACUAGGCUAUUCUUUAAAAAGAAGUGUAAAACCAAGUACAGCAUUAAACAUUUGUAAAGGGCAGGGAGGUAGCAAUGUGGGGUGGCAUUACUAUUGUCCAAAACUCA